GAGGGGCGUUAAAGAUCCAGAGAUCUCAUCCAAUAGUUCAUAUUGAGUAGUUUUGAGUUACUUUGCAGAACUAGAAUCACUUUGGACAUCAUGCCCGCCCAAAACCACAAGAAGCGUGUCAUUAGGAGUUUAUGGAUCGCUUUUACUUUCUUUGGAUUAAACGUCCAUGGACUGAAGGGCGAUGGCUGCGGGCAUACAAAGCUUGGACCAGAGAGUGGCACCCUGACCUCAGCUAACUACCCACGGAACUAUCCCCAGGAUUGGUCGUGUACGUGGAGGCUUCGUGUCCCGCAGGGCCGCACAUUACGCCUCCUCUUUGGGGACUUUGACAUCGAGGGAAGCGUGGACUGCACCAACGGCUCUCUGGUGAUCACCCCGAGCAACGGGUCCCCCAGCAUAGGGCCUCUGUGUGGGAGACUCACUGCUUCGGAGAUGAAUUUGUCGGUAAGCAGCAACGAAGCGUCGGUGAUCUUCAGGUCGGGCCGACACCGCUCUGGUCGGGGAUUCCUGUUGUCCUACACAACAGACCAGAACCCAGAGCUUAUUUCCUGCAAAACGAUUGGAACACAUUUGUCCUCUGAUCAGUUAAGCGUGUACUGCCCUGCCGGCUGUAAGGACGUUCCUGUUGGGGAAGUUACAGGAAACUCUGAACAAGGCUACAGUCAUAGAUCGCUGAUCUGCCUGUCUGCGGUCCAUGGAGGGGUGGUGUCGGACAGCCUGGGGGGCCGCGUCAACCUCACCCGGGGGAGAGGCCUUAGGUUCUACGAGUCCACCUUCGCCAACGGAGUCCUGUCCAAAAGGGGUUCAUUAUCUGAGCAUAAACUGCUCUUCAGCAAAGAAUGCAACGGACACUUAAACAUGUCCCUCGUGGACAGCUCCUCUCUCUGGGGGAGAGGCGGGGGUCAGGGGAAGGGUCUGAACCCGGCCGGUCCGUUGGUAUCAUGGACAGCAGAACCAGACGACCAGAACCCCUGGGUGGAGCUGGACCUCGGUGAAAAAAGAAAAGUCACUGGUAUCAUAACAACGGGUUCAGGGGGGUUCUACAUAAAGUCCUACACGCUGCUUUUCCGCAAAGACAGGAAGGACUGGAAGCCUUACAAAGGUGCACUGAGCACAGAAGAGAAGGUGUUUGAGGCUUAUUCCGACGGUCACCUGAGGGUGCUGAACAGCCUGUUCCCUCCCGUGGUGGCCCGCUUCGUCCAGCUGAAGCCCAUCACCUGGGAGAAAAGAGCCUCAGCAGGGAUCCAGCUGCUGGGCUGUCCCGUCGUCAAGGAUACCUCCAAGACCUUCUCCUCCACCGCAGCUGAUCCAACAGACGCCCCCGUGGUCAGUGUCACAGCCUUGACGACGCCAUCCAGCACUGUUAACCCUGGACAUACGGUUCCUGUGGAACACACAAAUAAUGCAACAGACGCCCCCGUGGUCAGUGCCACAGCCUUGACGACGCCACCCAGCACGGUUACCACUGGACACACGGUUCCUGUGGAACACACAAGCGAUGGCUGCGGGCAUACAAAGCUUGGACCAGAGAGUGGCACCCUGACCUCAGCUAACUACCCAGGCACCUAUCCCCAGGAUGGGUCGUGUACGUGGAGGCUUCGUGUCCCGCAGGGCCGCACAUUACGCCUCCUCUUUGGGGACUUUGACAUCGAGGGAAGCAUGGACUGCCCCAACGGCUCUCUGGUGAUCACCCUGAGCAACGGGUCCCCCAGCAUAGGCCCUCUGUGUGGGAGACUCACUGCUUCGGAGUUGAAAUUGUCGGUUAACAGCAACGAAGCGUCGGUGAUCUUCAGGUCGGGCCGACACCGCUCUGGUCGGGGCUUCCUGUUGUCCUACACAACAGACCAGAACCCAGAGCUUAUUUCCUGCAAAACGAUUGGAACACAUUUGUCCUCUGAUCAGUUCAGCGUGUACUGCCCUGCCGGCUGUAAGGACGUUCCUGUUUGGGAAGUGAAGGGAAACUCUGAACAAGGCUACAGAGAUUCAUCGCUGAUCUGCCUGUCUGCGGUCCAUGGAGGGGUGGUGUCGGACAGCCUGGGGGGCCGCGUCAACCUCACCCGGGGGAAAGGCCUUAGGUUCUACGAGUCCACCUUCGCCAACGGAGUCCUGUCCACAACGGGUCCAUUAUCUGAACAUAAACUGCUAUUUAACAAAGAAUGCAACGGACACUUGAACAUGUCCCUCGUGGACAGCUCCUCUCUCUGGGGGAGAGGCGGGGGUCAGGGGAAGGGUCUGAACCCGGCCGGUCCGUUGGUAUCAUGGACAGCAGAACCAGACGACCAGAACCCCUGGGUGGAGCUGGACCUCGGUGAAAAAAGAAAAGUCACUGGUAUAAUAACAACGGGUUCAGGGAGGUUCUACAUAGAGUCCUACUCGCUGCUUUUCCGCAAAGACAGGAAGGACUGGAAGCCUUACAAAGGUGCACUGAGCAAAGAAGAAAAGGUGUUUGAGGCUUAUUCCGACGGUCACCCCAGGGUGCUGAACAGCCUGUUCCCUCCCGUGGUGGCCCGCUUCGUCCAGCUGAAGCCCAUCACCUGGGAGAAAAGAGCCUCAGCAGGGAUCCAGCUGCUGGGCUGUCCCGUCGUCAAGGAUACCUCCAAGACCUUCUCCUCCACCGCAGUUAAUCCAACAGACGCCCCCGUGGUCAGUGUCACAGCCUUGACGACGCCACCCAGCACUGUUAACCCUGGACAUACUGUUACUGUGGAACACACAAUUAAUCCAACAGACGCCCCCGUGGUCAGUGUCACAGCCUUGACGACGCCAUCCAGCACUGUUAACCGUGGAUAUACGGUUCCGGUGGAACAACCAACCUCCGGUCAGACAGUGCUGGUCGUGGUGGGCGUGGUCUUGGGGCUGGUCCUGUGUGCCAGCUGCCUGUUGGCUGGGUUCUGGUUGAAGAGAAGGAAGGAAAAUGCCCAAAUGAAGAAGUACUCAACCGCUAAAGGUCCAGUUGACCACCAGAGUCUCCAAAGGAAGAGUCCGGGCGGUGAGUCAGAGCUUAUCUCCUACCCUCUGGAGAAUCUUCAGGCUCUUAACCCUGCGGAGAGUAGAGACCAAGACACGUUACCCGGCCCCCCGCCCAACGACUACGCUCAGCCUGCCGCGGGAGGCCAGACUCUCGGCUCCACGUUCCGGCCCGGCCAGAACCCGGGUCUCACGGCGCCCUUCAGCUUCAGCCGGAACCACGGCCCCGCAACCCUCCCGGAGUAUGCCACGCCCCUCCCCCCCGAGCCGGAGUACGCCACCCCGUUCAGCGAGCAGCUCCCGGAGGCCAGGGACCCGGCCCGGCCCAAGGGAGCCCCGGGACGGCACAACAGACUCAGGACGACUCUUCCCCCUCCCCCCCCACCACCCCCGACCGGCGGGGAGGCCUCCCCGGACCACACCCACUAUGACUGUCCCUCCCACAGGCUGCUGUCCAACGGCUACUGCACCCCGUCCAACCAGGGCGCCGCGCCGCGGCCCAGCAGCGCGGUGUACUCGGAGCCCGAGCAGCCACUGCAGGCCGAGCACACGUACGAGGAACUGCUCUGAUGUGGGACCCGCAGAAAAAGGACACGGAGCCGGGGCCGACGGAACAUUGUUGAUAUGAGGUUGAGUCAGGGGCCGUUUCAGUAUUACUGUAUGUUAGUAUAUAGUAGUAUAUGUUAGUUUACUGAUAUAUACUAUAAUAUAACUAUUGUGUACAUGUUGGUAUGAAGUGUGAGAAGGCAGCACAGCACAGAAUCUCCAAAGCCUGGUUUCAUCUAUUAAUGUUUGUUUUUUACUUUGCGAAAAUUAGGGACAUACAAACUGUGAUCUCAGAGCCAUACAGAUAUGAAUAUUUACUAUCAGGUCGUGCAUUCCUGCAUUUUCUUUUUCAAACAUUGAUCGGAAAGAAAGUGCAACCUCAGACAUGUUGUUUAUUGGUAAAAUGUUUGAUCCACAUCGCACUUUUAAAUAACUCGGAAUACAGCACUGUAUAUAAAAAAAAUAUGUAAUAUAAUAAGGGAUAUGAGUAAAAUAUGAAGAAUAAGGACUAUGCCUCAAAUGUGUCACAAUCAUCAAGCAUUUUGUCUUCAAUAUUAAAUUGCCAUACCAUUGUAAAUGAAUAAAGAUUCAUUGGAACUUUUUUUUU